AUGAGUAAUGUCACCUCUUCUUCUAGAUGUCCAUUCAAAUUUCCAACUGAGAAUCUCAAGAAUGAUAAUAAAAGCAUGACAUUUAGAGAUUUCAUGCAAUAGCAAUAGAUGAAGGACGAUCAAAAAUUCUAAUGCACAGGAUAAUUAUCUUCACUUUAGACUUCUCCAACAGUGUCAAAGAAAUAAAGAUCUGAAAAAUAGUUAAGUUCUUUACUACACUAGGAACCUCGGAAUCAGUUCAUAAUUAAGCAUGGCUCACAAAGUCAGGUCACAAUUAAUGAGUUUGUAAAUAAAGUGAAGAGUUUUAGAAGUCAAGAGUAGUCACCAACCAAAACGCUCUAUCAUUUACCAAUGAUUAGUGAUUCCUAGAUCUGCGAUGUUGUUCUACCCAAUACUCCGGUUCAUUUCAAAUUUACUCCCUUUUAACAUAAGAUUAGGAAUCCCCAUAGCAACAGUCUUAGAAAUGUCCAUGAGCAACUUGAGUAGCUUAGAAGACCUAAAGUGUAGCAGCAACACCGUGAAUUAAAGCAACUUCCAAAGACAUAAACGGAAAUCAUAAGCAAAUUUUUUGAGACUAAAUUCUAAAAGAUAAUUAAGACCCAAAUCAAAUAAUAUGGUAGCAACGAGCUCCUUGAUUAGCAUUCUGAGUCUCUUUAUAAUAGAGUCAUUUUAGAUCGGCAGUUAAAAAAUAAGUACUAUGGAAAACACCUCAAAUACCUGAAGGAUAUAUAUAAAAGUAUUUUGGGAAUAGGAUACACUUAGGAAAUACUACUUGAUCAAUUCAGGAUGAGGAGUAUUCAUGCUCCACUCUUUAUAAAGAAAGAAUAGUUCAUUAGAUUCAAAUAUCUGUUCAUCAAUCAAUAUAUGGAGAUGGAGACUCCUGUAGAGCUGCUUUUUAAGGGUUGUUACAAAUUGGAAAAUUUUAAACCUUUGAUUCUUAAUCAGAGGAGUGAUUUCGAAAUAUUCGGAGGAGAAUAAGGAAUUAAUGAAGUGGCUAAGAACAUGUACGAGAAGAUAUUCAAAGAUUACACAUUAAGUCCGUAUUUCAAGGCAAUUGAAUUGGAAGAGUAGGCCACUAAAUUUGCUAAGCUCUUCGCAUAAUUAAUAGAUCAUACUGAGUCUCCGAACUAUACACUUGAAGUGCUCAGAGAAAGACAUGUCAAGUAUAAAUUGACACAUGUUCAAUUGGCUAAUUUCAAAUUCUAUCUAUCUACUGCUCUACAAAAGUUAGGUAUAAGCUACAAAAAUUUGAGAAUAUUGCUAAGGAAGAUGGACACCUAUAAGUUUGCUAUAUUGAAUAAGCCAUCGCUUUAGGAAUGCAUCAAUAAUGCUCCUGGAGGAUACAGAGAAUUUAUUGAGAGUUUUGUGCGUCUGUGCUCGAGUGAACCCAUUCUCUAUGAUCUAGUUUAGAAGAGAGGGAAGUAAAGAUUUACUGCGCAUUGUGAAAAUGUCUUUCACUAUUUUUUCAGAGACAAUGUGAAAUCAAUCACUGAUGAUGACAUCGAAUCUAUUCAUAAAAACAAAACCAUAAUUUCAGAGAAGGUCUAUAGGAAAUUCAAGGAAAAAGCUAUGCAAGCAGUCAGCAAAGUAACAAAUGAUCCAAUUUUAUUAAGUGAUUUCGAAGAGGAUUGGGAGGAAAUUACACCCAUCUUAAUGAAUAAACCUAAAAAGACUACUAUUAAAUUGCUUGGAGGCUAGGCGGUUGUCAAUCGGAUUGCAUCUAAAUUAGAAAAUGAAAUCAUGCAACGACCACUGCUGUACAAAGUAUUUGAAGACAAUGAAUCUCAAGUUGGUCCCAAUUUGAAAUGCAAAUUAAAUUUGAUUCUGUACGGAUUGCAUUUCUACAAACGUACAGACAUUGAAGUACUUCACAAGAGAUUACGAAUUCGUGAACAAGCUUAACAUUCCCUAUUUAUUUUAGGCCAUGAAGGCUGUCAUGCAGGAUGA